AGCAAAAACAAAGACGUUGAAAUAAUUCCCGACAUCUCCGCCAUACGAUCUCGAACUUAAACCUCCCGAGCUCCAGCCACCAUGGCUUCGUCCGACGAGCCGCAAUCCCUCCGCGCCGUUUUCGAGGCCGCCGAAGACAAGCGUCAAGAGGUCAACGAAGCUCCCAGCGCCACGUCUCCCAAGUACGCAGAGGAUCUCGCCGCUGCGCUGAAGCUGUACACACAGGCGCUCGACCAGAUCGCGGCGCUGUCGCUCUUCUCGGCCAACGAGGGCGUCGAGGACGUGGCGACCUCGUCGCUGCCGUAUCUGCUGGUGGACUUUUACUUGGCGGAGCUGGUGCAGCGGACGCCGCAUCUGGCGCCCAAGGAGCGGCUGCAGGUGCUUGCAAGGGCGAGGGCCUCGUAUGAGCGGUUUUUGAGCGCGGUGGAUGGGUAUGGCCUGGUGACGGGCUCGUACGGCAAGCUGCUGGAGCGGUAUCGCGACGACGAGGAGGCGUUUGUGGCUGUGGCGGGCGACAUGGCGGCGAAGAGAGAGGGCAAGAUUGCGAAUUUCAAGGCGGAAAAGGCGCUCCGGGAGAAGCUCGAGACGCUGAAGCGCAACCCGCGGUACCUCGAGCACGGCGACGAGGAGCUCGUGCGCAAGGUGCACCUCACCAGCAUCCAGUUCGCCGUCCACAACACGUUCCAGGCGCUCGACUCGCUCAACCGCGAGCUGCCGCUGCUUCGAUCCGCGCCCUCGCCAACCGCCGCCCCGAAAGCUUCCGGCAACGACCCUACAGACACGUCCUUCCGUCUCGACCAGCCUCUCAGCCAGCUCCGUCCCGGCACCGGCGGUCCAUUGCUCUCGACAAAGGGAAAGCCUCUCCAGCCCUUCACCCUGGUGGGCUCCCGCGCCGAUCUCGCCAAGGGGGUGUUCCGCCCAGGUCACAAUCUGCCCACCAUGUCGAUAGACGAGUACCUCGAGGAGGAGCGACGCCGGGGCGGCAUCAUCGAGGGCGGCGGCACGGAGCCUCCGAAGCAGGAGGUCGAUGAGGACGACAUGGAGGCUGUUGAUCGGGAGACGUACAAGGCGAGGAAAUGGGAUGAUUUCACGGAUGAUAACAGGAAAGGAUCGGGAAAUACGCUUAACAUGGGCUGA